AUGGAAAUUCUCGAAAAUGAUAUAAAAGAAAAUAAAAAUGAGGAAUUAAAAAAAACUACGAACAAGAAAAUAGACAAAAAUUCCGAAAAAAUAAAAAAAGAUAAAAAAGAAAGUACUAAUAGUGAAAUAAAUAAAAACUAUGGAAUAAUUAAAAUUGUUCGUGGGUGCCAAAAUGGUGAUAAUAUUUUUGACUUUAUCAAUGUAGAAUACAAAAAGAAAUAUAUAAUAAAGAAAAUAAAUAAUACUAGUGAAAUUAUAAACGAAACAAAUUUAGAACAAAAAAAGAAUGAAUAUAUUUUUUUUGAAUCAAUUAAUUCAUAUGAAUUAAAAAAGUAUAAAACAAGUGAUAUUAUAUUUAAUAUGUUAGUUGAUAUUACAAAAAAUAAUAUGGAAAAUUUAUAUAAUGAAAGUAAUUUUUUAAAUAAAGGAUGGUCUAAUUUAAAAAAGAAAAAAGAAUUUAUGAGUAAUAAAUGUAAACUUAUAUUAGGUUUUAAAAAUGUAGCUAGAAAUGAAAAAAAAAAUAUGACCAAGUCAGGUAAAAAUGAUAUUAAUCCAAAUAGCGAACAAGACGAAAAUUGCCUUGGAAAUAAUAUUGAUAAGGAAAGUGACAUAAACUUUAUAAACGUAUUAAAAAGUAAUAAUCCAGAAAAAGUAGAAGAAUAUUUAAAAAAUAAUAAAUUAGUUUGUUUUGUCCAUUAUAGAAUAAUUCCAGAUUAUUAUCCAUAUGAACAAAAUAUAAUUUGUUAUUUAUAUGAAAUUCAAAUAAUUCCCGAUUUUAAAGGUAUGGGUAUAGGUAGCCAUUUAAUAUAUAUGCUAGAAUGUUUAUGCAAAAGUAUUAAAAUAAAUAAAAUUUUAUGUACUGUUUUAAAAAAUAAUACUAAUGCUGUAGCAUUUUAUAAAAAAAAAUGUUUAUUUGAAAUGGAUGAAAAUUCACCAGACAAUUUUAACACAGAUAAUUCAAAACCAUGUGAAUAUGAAAUUCUAAAAAAAGAAAUAAUUUUAUAA